GAAGAAGUUAAAAAAAAAAAAAAACAAAGUCUUCACUCAUAUAUAAACAAACAAGAAAAUGGCUAGAAUUGGAGCUUUGAUUCUAGUUUUAUUCAUCUCCUUCUCUCAGCUUGCUUCGUUUUCAACUGCUAGGAAAUUUCCGUCGGUAAUUGAUGGCGUCAUCUUCCCCGGGGAGAUCUCUGUUGUCUCCAAGACGGUGGUAGGGUGCGAAGGCGAGGAUGAUCACUUCACGGCGUCAUAUGUCACCGGAAAAUUUGGGUCGUUGGUGUUGAACGCUCUUCCGAGAGGGUCAGUUCCGGCGUCUGGACCAAGCAAGAGAAUCAACUACGUCAAGACUUAACAAAACUGCUAUCUUUGUCACUCGGUUGACUACGAAUGACAAUUUUUUAGUUACUAUUAUUCUUUGUUUUAUAGAAUUUUGUAAAUAUCAAAUACUAUACUUGUGUUACUAUUAAAAGUAAUUAAUAUGUUUAAAUUGGUUCUUUUCAAUAGAAAGAAUGAAGAAAUUAUAUUUAGGUUUUAGGCUUUGUACGUCAAUAAUUCCCUACAAUAUAAUCAAGUAGAUAUUUCAAAUGGGGAUAGACCUUGUUUGCUAAACGAAUACAAAAUUAACUGUUUCAUUGUC